CAAGCCAAUUUUGUUUGCACCCAAACGAUGCCAAUGCCUCUAUCUCCAAGUCUUCUCUUCUCUCUCCUGUUAGUCACCUCUAUUGCCGCCACCAAUGCCGCCGUAACCACCACCCUCCAAUUCAGAGAAGCACCACAAUUCUACAACUCCAUCAACUGCCCUUCAAUUCUCAAUGACCAGCAAAACAACAAUGGCAUCAGCAACAUCAGUACCCAACUUUGCUCUGUUAAUGCAGUGCACGUAGCAAUGACCCUCGACGCUGCUUAUCUCCGGGGAUCAAUGGCCGCCAUUCUCUCCGUUCUGCAACACUCCCACUGCCCGGAAAACACAAUCUUCCACUUUGUCGCCGCCGCCUCCGCCGACGCUAAUCUCCUAAACCCCACCAUUGCCAAAUCAUUCCCUUAUCUACACUUCAAAAUCUACCCCUUCGAUGACUCGGCGGUUUUAGGCCUUAUUUCCACAUCCAUUCGGGCCGCCCUUGACUGUCCAUUAAACUAUGCUCGCAAUUAUCUCGCCGAUCUCCUCCCAGUAUGCGUCGGAAAAGUGGUCUACCUCGACUCCGAUCUCGUCCUCGUCGAUGAUAUUGCAAAACUAGCCGCAACGCCACUGGGUGAUCAAGCAGUCCUUGCUGCGCCAGAGUAUUGCAAUGCAAACUUCAACUCCUACUUUACGCCGACGUUUUGGUCGAACCCUUCUCUUUUUCUGACGUUCGCCAAUCGGAAUGCUUGUUACUUCAACACCGGAGUUAUGGUGAUCGAUCUUGAAAGAUGGAGAGCCGGAGAUUAUACUACCAAGAUUGUAGAAUGGAUGGAACUUCAGAAAAGAAUGAGGAUAUACGAGUUGGGUUCUCUACCCCCUUUUUUGUUGGUUUUUGCAGGAAACAUAGCUCCGGUGGAUCACAAAUGGAACCAACAUGGCCUUGGUGGUGAUAAUUUCCGGGGACUAUGCCGGGAUUUACAUCCGGGUCCGGUAAGCCUUUUGCAUUGGAGUGGAAAGGGUAAACCAUGGGCUCGACUUGACGCGAACCGGCCAUGUCCUUUGGAUGCUUUAUGGGCACCUUAUGAUCUUCUACAAACACCAUAUGUUCUUGAAUCCUGAUCAGCUGAUGCUAGUUUUGUAGUGCAUGUUUGUUAUCUUUGAAUUUGCAGAAAGAAGUGUGAUUGAACACAUAUGGUUAUACCUUAAGACCUUUCUCUGAUGGAUAUACAUACUGUUUCUUCAUCGGAGAUGUUAGUAAAAAAAAAAUGGCAAGGUGAGUGGAGGUUGUUUGUAUAUUAUACUUACUGUUAUAAGCAGAUUUUACUGUUCUGCUGCUAUUUUUGACUUGAAUAUUUUGUGAAC